AUGAUCAACGUCCAUCGCGGCGAACAAAAGCGCCCCGGGGGAUAUAACCUGUACGUCAAUCGCACGCUGCCUGCAAAGGGGGUUGCUGACUUUAAACGGGGCAACGACGCAGGCGCCGAUAAGGUAGCGUCAAAGCUGAACGUCAAACUUCCUCAGAAAGCUGCUUACGAAUCGGUCACUCGCUUCACCCUCACCCUGACGAUUUUGGUCGCUUCGCGAGCGUUAAAACCUACGCAGGAGAUCGCUCAAGUCGCUCAGGAAUCAUGCCGCCAGGCGGAGACGAUGGCGGCUACCGCGAUGGACAUGGGCAAUCGAUGUCGUAUUGAUUCGAUCAGAGUUAGAGAUGAAACUAGUCUUUCAUCUGCAUCUGCUGCUGGUGCGUUGAGUGCAUGGGCACCGAGCACCCAGCAGCAGCGAACGUGGAGCUGA